ACUCUUGUUAUGUCAAUCAGUCAGUGUGUGUCAUUUUCAGCUUUGCGGAGAUUUCGUACGUAAACUUCUGAAAAUAAAUUCUCAUUUACGUGAAUUUCUUACGUUUGUGAUAGUGAAUUUAAUGAUUUAGACAACAAAAUACAUAAAAAAUGCCUUUGACGGCUAGACAACGGAGUAUUCACAAUAAGAACGGAGCUAAAAGGGCUACAAGUUUUAGCAAAGGAAAGCGAAAAGCGAACGAAGGAGAGUUCCUAGUAACAAACGCUCCAUCAGACCUGCGGAGUAUAGCAUACCCGGGCGGGGCAGUAGCACUCGGACUACUGCUGACUGCCCGCAUUGUGUCUGCGUACUGGGGACAUAUAGCUGAUUGCGAUGAGACUUAUAAUUACUGGGAGCCGUUGCAUUACUUGGUGUAUGGCAGCGGUCUUCAAACCUGGGAGUACAGUCCAGACUAUGCGAUAAGGUCGUAUAUGCCAUUAUGGCUGUUUGCGGUACCUGCGAAGAUAUUGUCCUGGUUCAUGACUCCUGUCUCUGUGUUCUAUGCUCUACGGAUUGUGCUAGCUGUGCUCUCUGCUUGCGCUGAGCUUAUGUUUUACAAAGCAAUAUGCCAUGAGUUCGGCGUGCACGUAGGUCGAGUAUGGCUGGGUAUGACAUUACCAGCGGCGGGCAUGUUCGCGUGCAGCGCGGCCAUGUUGCCGUCGGCGUGGAGCGCGGCGCUGGCCAGUGCGGCGCUCGCCUGCUGGUGGCGCCGCAGAUACCCCACUGCUAUAUUCUUGACUGCCGUGUCGGCGCUGCUUAGUUGGCCGUUCACAGCUCUACUAGGCAUACCAAUCGCCAUUGACAUGAUUUUAAUGAAGAGACAAAUUCUGGACUUUAUAAAAUGGUCCGUGAUAUCUCUGGUAGUUAUAUUUGUACCAACAGUAUUAGUUGAUUCUUGGCACUAUGGGAGGCUGGUGGUCGCUCCGUGGAAUAUAAUCGCCUACAACAUCUUCACUGAACAUGGACCUGAUUUAUACGGUGUGGAACCCUGGACUUACUAUUUUGUGAACGGAUUCUUAAACUUCAAUAUUGUUUGGGUGCUAUGUCUAUCGUGUCCAGUGUUUCUACUGGCUUGCACGGCGGUGGCUGGGCGGUCUACUGCGCGGGCCGCGUUCUGUGCUCCGUACUGGUUGGAUCUGCUGCCACUGGUACUGUGGCUGGCUGUAUUCAUGCUGCAACCGCAUAAGGAAGAGAGGUUCCUAUACCCAGCGUACAGUAUGAUAAUCCUGGCGGGCGCGAUAGCACUCGACUGUCUACAGAAGCUGACGUUCGCAGUCGGCACCGAGCUGUUCCGCUGGAGGAGGGAGCGAGAGAGGAGACACUAUCUCGCUUACACCGGCCCUCUUAUGGUCAUGUGUGUGCUUAUUGCCGGGUUUGCUGGUCUAUCCCGCAUAGCAGCUCUAUACACGAACUACCACGGACCUAUGAGAAUACUCCGCGACUUGCCUCCAUCGCCCGAAGGUGCAGAACUAACAGUCUGCUUCGGCAAGGAGUGGCAUCGCUCCCCUUCUAGCUUCCACCUACCUGACGGGUACAGUGUCAGGUUCAUCCCCAGUGAGUUCAAUGGACAACUGCCUGCACCUUAUGCUGAUAGUCAUAAUGCAACGCGCCUCAUCCACCCACAUUUCAACGACCUCAAUAAAGGGGACAACAGAACCUACAUAAAACCUAAAGAAUGCCACUACCUAGUCGACUCAAGCAUCGGCCGACCAUCCACACUUGAGCCCGCGUACCAUAAAGACUCCACUACAUGGGAGGUCAUCUCCAGUGUUCCAAUACUGGACGCCAAAAAGUCCCAUCAAGUGUUCAGAGCGUUCUACGUACCAGUUUUGUCUAGUAAAAAGAAUGUUUACGCUAAUAUGUAUCUAUUGAAGAAUAAGGUGCUGUUUUAAAUGAAUUUGUAAGUUCCUUUUUAUAUUAUAUUUUAAUUUUAAUUUAUUUUGUCAGAAAACACGUUGAUUUUGAUCAUAGAUGGCGCUGAUGUAGAUAAUUGGUACCAUCUUUUUAUUCAUGUUGAUUUGCAGACCUCUGUUAAUAGCUAUGAGGAUGGUUUUCAAUCUGAUUUGUAGUCCCAGUUUUGAUCUCUGGGCUGGACAACAUAUGAAAUUUUCAAUGGCAGCUAGGAUUUUGAAGAUGGACCCAAUACAUUCGCUACCCAUUUAUGCAACUAAUCACAUAUUACUAUGAAAAGGUUUAUUUUGAGUAAAUGUGAAGAUAUAAUAUCAUUGUACGUACUUACAAUGUAAUGUUACCAUAUAAAUAAGUGUAUAUAGAAUCUAUAACACUACACUGCCAUCUACAAAUAGAGAUGAAUGGGGCUACUGUUUUUUUUUGCUCAACAGAUGGCGUUUAUCUAACAAAAGGUAUUUUUGUCCAAUCACUGCAGCUGUCAAAAUUUUGCCGUCCAAUGGCGUAAGUGUUGCUAAUUCCCAAUUGGACGACGAAGAGGAGGUUGACAUUAACGUCAUCUGUUAAGUGGAAUUGCUGUAGCCCCCAUUGAGUAUACAUUGUAUUAAAGGUUAAGUUUUGUUGUGUCUCAGUAGCAGAAUAAUUCGAUUUAUUAGAAAAGAAAUUGAUAAAAGGAAAUUUUAUCUAUAAAUGAAUUGUUAAUGAGUUAUGUAUAAAUAAUUAAGCAUGCUAUGACCAAAAAAAAAAAAAAACUAUAGUUGAUUGUCAAAAGUACAAACCAGAUUUUUGACACUCGAAAUAAAUAAUCUUUAAUUACUAUGUUUUUAGGCUUUACCCACAUAAUUCGAACGAGGAACUCAAUUAGUUUCAAGCUACGCUAGAAGCUCAUAUUCAUGAGCAGCAUUCCGACACACGACGCGGCGAUUGUCGCCGAAAAUAAUUGCGCGAGAAAGCCGAAAAACAUAAUAAUUAAUUUAAAAUGUUAUAGUAUAAAGAAUAUUUAUCGACAUUUUAGUAAGAAAACCUUUGUUACAUAGUCUAGCUAAUAAAAUACAACAGUUCUUGUUAAUUUACUAAUAAUAAUAAUUCUACAGGUUGUAUGUCUAUUCACCCAGGGUACACUCAAACAAUAAAUGAAGGAAAACAUAUCAAUUAUAUGUUUUUACGAGAGCACUGAAUAGCUGUAUGUAUAGAUACCAACUUAAAUAAUGGUACUAGUCAUUAUUUAACAAAUUUUUAAUGAUAUGCUUAAAUUAUAUUAUAAUAUAAAAUAUAAAUGAAGGUCUGCUCAGACGAGGUGCUUUUUUACGAAUACAGAUUAUUUUUUGUGUUUUAGGCUCACCCCCUAUUACAUGAGGCGUUAGAAGUGCGUUGCCGGCCUUUUGGGGAUUAGGAAUUUAAGGGUUGAUGGGGAAUUGGGGAUUGGGAAGGGGGUGUAAUUGGGCCACCGGUAACCUCACUCACACAAUGAAACACAACACAAGCUUUGUUUCAAGUCGGUUUUCUGUGAGGCUGUGGUGUCAAUCAGGUCGAGCUCUUUCAACACGAAAGGGCAUUUCGUGUUAAAAGAGCCAAAGACUCUCGUCUGCGCAGACACCAAUAGUAAUAAUUAAUUAGUUGUAAGUUUUUAGUGCAAUAAUAAUGUUGUAGGAUAAUAUGUUUAAGUCAACUUCAGAUGCUUAGUAAGUUAAGGUACAAAGAAAUAUACCUAAUACUUAAAUAAAAAAAGAUAUAAAUAAAGUCACAGAUACAGUGUGAAACAAACGCUUUUAUGACGUCACUAGAGUACCGGAUACAUGUUUUAUUACCAGUUUCAUCGGAAACUGUAAACUCCCCCUUAAACCCGAGAAGAGUCCCUUUGUGACUCGAAACUAGUAGAGCCUUUUCUCCAUUAAUGUACGUGAGUAAACCGUGUUUUUUAGUUAAUCCCCUUUAAACGACGAGAGCGCCAUCUAUUGGCAACAUUGAAAGGUCUACGAAAAAAAUUAGGCAUAAUCGUUUUCCACGUUUGUAAUGCGAGUCAAUUAUGAGUUGUAGUUGUUAUUUAUUUCUUAAGCCUCGUCCACACUAGGAACAUUUGUCCGAUGUCAGCCUAAGUCGCCCGACAUCGCCCGACGUCGCCCGAUGUCUCCGGGGACAUAUGUCGCUCGACAAAUGUUCCUAGUGGGGACGAGGCUUUAUUACCAUGUAGUAAUACUUCAGCUAGACAAAUUAAUUUGUAUUUUGCAUUUUUAUAAGCACGACGCAAUUUUGAUGUGACUAUUGUUUUGUGGUUGUUCUAUAUUUUUUAUUAUUAAAGUUAUUCAUUUAU